AUGGGCAGCUGGACAGUAUCAGGGAGCCUCACAGGAGUGACUAUAGUCCUCCUGGUUCUGCUGCAGAGCACACAGUCAGUCUAUAUCAAGUACCAAGGCUUCCAGGUCCAGCUGGAAUCUGUGAAGAAGCUGAGUGACCUGGAGGGGCAGCAAAUGCCCAGGUCCCGCCCGCAGACCCAGAAUCUCUUGCCCUCUGUGUGCCAGCACCCAGACCUACCUCUGGACCUGCAGCCUGUCUGCACCUCCAAGGAAGCUGCCAGCAUCUUCAGAGCCCUGAGGACCAUCUCUACAGAUGACUGUGAGCUGUGCGUGAAUGUGGCCUGCACAGGGUGCCGCUGA